GAGGAUCGUUUCACAAUCACACAUUGUGUUUGUCACCGACAGACAGUCUGAGAGGGGAAACCUGGAGCUGAAGAUUUCCUGACAUUAACACCAAGAAGCUGUAACUCGAACUAAAGGCAGAAUGUGGCGUGCAGCCUUCCUGUUACUGGCUGCCAGCUUGUCUGUGAGCCUGGCCAGACCCCACCUCAAACCACUGUCCAGUGAGAUGGUCAACUACAUCAACAAGAUCAACACUACCUGGACGGCUGGUCACAACUUCCAUAAUGUGGACUACAGUUAUGUCAGGAGACUCUGCGGUACAAUGCUGAAGGGACCUAAACUGCCAGUUAUGGUUCAGUAUGCUGGAGACAAGAAGCUGCCUCAACAGUUUGACUCCAGAGAGCAGUGGCCCAACUGUCCCACCCUGAAGGAGAUCAGAGACCAGGGCUCAUGUGGAUCAUGCUGGGCGUUUGGUGCUGCAGAGGCCAUCUCUGACCGUGUGUGUAUCCACAGCAAUGCCAAGGUCAGUGUGGAAAUCUCCUCAGAGGAUCUUCUGACCUGCUGCGAGACCUGUGGCAUGGGGUGUAAUGGUGGCUACCCUUCAGCUGCCUGGGAUUACUGGACCAAACAGGGACUUGUGUCUGGAGGACUUUACGAAUCCCACAUCGGUUGUCGUCCUUACACCAUCGCCCCCUGCGAGCACCAUGUGAACGGCAGCAGACCGUCCUGCUCUGGAGAGGGAGGAGACACACCCCAGUGCACCUUGAAGUGUGAAGCUGGAUACACUCCCAGCUACAGAGAGGACAAGCACUUUGGUAAAACGUCUUACACUGUGGAGUCAGAUGAGGAGCAGAUUCAGCAUGAGAUCGAGAAGAAUGGCCCAGUAGAGGGCGCAUUCACCGUCUAUGAAGACUUUGUGCUGUAUAAGUCCGGUGUGUAUCAGCAUGUUUCCGGGUCUGCUGUUGGCGGUCAUGCCAUCAAGAUCCUGGGCUGGGGGGUGGAGGAUGGUGUCCCCUACUGGCUCUGUGCCAACUCCUGGAACACUGACUGGGGUGAUAACGGGUUCUUCAAAUUCCUACGUGGAUCUGAUCACUGUGGCAUUGAGUCUGAGAUUGUGGCAGGGAUUCCCAAAUAAACACCAAGGUUUUUCAGCUUGAAGGUCUAUUACUUUUUCACCAGAGGGCGACACACUCCACUUGCCUGCUCUGGAACUCCAUCUGCAUUCAACUCCCUUUAGUCUCUCUAGUUAAAGCUCACUUGUCAACUUCAACACCCUCAAACUCACAGUAUGUGGUUUUCUUUAGUAAACAAACCAUAAAGCCACUGAAGAGCAACCUAAACUUCUUUCAUGUGGCAGAGAGUAUGACAACAGUUAUGUCUCUGAGCACAUCUCACGUGUACUUCAGAUGUUUCUUUUAUUUUAAUUAGAUGUGUGACGUCUUUUUCCUUGCAUCUUAAAGCAAGGUCAGUCAAAAGAUAGCCCAAAAGGGUUUUGAGGUUUUUAUCAUCUGUAUGUGCACAUUAUCUCUGACAAUCUGUCCUGCUGUAGAUAUGAGCACAGCACAGCUACCUUUUUUUUAUCUGCACUGGUUAAAGUAUUAGCCAUCUUAGAUCAAACUGGUCAUAAUUUAAAUGAAUGUUGAACAAUGCAGCCAAGGAUAGUUUUUUAAAUUGCUCAUUAUGUCUAAUGCCACUCUGUAGUGUUUGGAUGUAAUCAUUGUAAUUUGAUGCCUUUUAGUGUUAUUAAACGUUUUAUAUGGUUGAAUUUGAAUGUUUUUGUUGUCUGCCUGUAUAGAUCAACAAUAUUGUUACAUUUCUGUUGUCACCUUUUAAAAAAUAAAACAAUAAAUGGUUCCAAAUGUGA